AUGGACACACAAAAUUUAGAGAACGCAGCCGUAAAGAUUCAGUCAUGGUGGCGUGGCAACAUGGUGCGCCGGACGUUACUGCACACAGCACUCAGGGCCUGGGUCAUCCAGUGCUGGUGGAGGUCGAUGCAGGCCAAGAUGCUGGAGCAGAGACGGCGCCUGGCACUAAGACUCUACACCUGCCAGGAGUGGGCAGUGGUGAAAGUGCAGGCACAGGUUCGGAUGUGGCGGGCUCACAGACGAUUUCUUCAGGCACGCCAAGCGGCCUGCAUCAUCCAGUCUCACUGGCGCUGGCAUACCAGUCAAACCCGGGGUCUGAUCCGGGGCCGCUAUGAGGUCAAAGCCAGCCGGCUGGAACUUGACAUCGAAAUUCUCUUGACCUAG